UCAGCCCUGGGGGCUGGGGAAAUGGCCCACUAGGGAAAGUGUUUUGGUUUGUAAACGUUGAGGACCUGAGUUUGGAACCCCCAGCAAUGUGACUAGAUUCAUUAGGCCCCUUCCUCCUCAGAAUGAACGAAGCUGAGCUGCAAGGAGGACUCAGACCAGACCAGUGCCUGGAAGAAACAGAACACCCAAGCUGCCUUGAAGGGACACUCCAACCUAUUGAGCUGCCUGCAGGCCGGCCGUGUACUCUAGGUUCCUGUGGGGUGGGCCUUGGUGAUUCAUCUGUCUUCAAGUCAUUUCUGGUUCACCAAGUUGGACUUUGCUGAUAUCCAUACUUUGGCGGUUCACGGGCCCCCUAUCUGAAACCAAAUAUUGCUUCAGAAUUCUUUCCCUCUCCUGAGUUAUGGUGGAUGGAUUGCAAGAGAGCAAGCUGGGCAGCCAGGCCUGGGCUGAGAUAACCCACACUCACCUGCGACCAACUAAAGUACAAGGGAAACCAAGCAGCCUAAGGAGGCCAGCAUGCCCCGGCCUCGGGAGUGGGUCUUGUCUGGAGAAGGCUCGGAAUUCCAAGACCUGCUGCCCUGGGUUCGGGGCCCUGGGUUUGCUCACGUGUGGCCGGCCCGCGCCCAACGCUCGCUGGGCAGCCCGAUGCCCAGCAUCCGCCUCCGCGUCGGGCUCCUGGCAGCCCUGGCGGCAAGUGGGGCUGUCGCCCUGCUCGGUUACUGUGUCUACGUGGACCGGAGGAGACGCAGAGACCCGGCGUUCCGGAGCUGCCUGCGGGACCAGAGAAGAGCUGAACAGUCCAAGGCCCAGGCGUGGGCCAGGCAGUUAUGGGAGCCAGCAAAGAAGGAAAAACUACAAGAAUUUUUUUUACAAGAGGUGCAGAUGGGAAAACUUUGUUUAGCUAGAGGAGAGCAUGGAAUGGGAGUUGAACAUCUCACCAAUGCCCUUUUAGUGUGUGGGCAACCGAAGGAGCUUCUGACAUUUUUCAAACACUCCCUCCCUCCUGAGGUAUUUCAGAUGCUAUUGUACAAAAUUCCCCUUAUCUGCCAGCAACUUGAGGCAGACAUGUAUGAAGAGACGUGCUUGAAGGAUGAUCCUGACUGAAACAUCUCAGUGUAUCCCAACCCAGACAGAAUACCAUGUUCUGUAUAGUAAAAACAACCGCUCAGUGAUAUUUGCAUUUAUUUUACUUUUAGUAAUAAAGUUUUUCUAUCUCAUA